UUAUUCAUUCAUUCAUUUAUAUUUAUGAGGAAGGCUUGGAGCAUGCUGACGGGUGAGGAGUAGGGAGGGAUGCAAUAUUGAAUUCAACGAGGAGCAGUAGCUCAAUAGGAGGAAAGAAAUACCCACGAACAAGAAAAGACGAAAGAAACUAGACUAAAAAAACCAAGAAAAAAGGGAAAGAAGGGUGGGGAAACAAGGAAGAAGAAAAGGAAUUGAUUUACAAAACAUGGUGGGAUUACGGACUGCGAAUUACAAUGGAAUGUUUAGUAGGGUAUCAAUGUGCGGCGCCGGGGUAGCAGAAGAGAUGGAGCAGUUGUCCAGAGAAGGCAGCCAUUACAGUAUAACCUCCGGGAUCCUUCCUUCGCUGGGUGCAAGAAGCAACCGCCGGGUCCAGCUCCGUAGAUUCACUAUUUCCCCAUAUGAUCGCCGCUACAGGGCAUGGGAAACGUUUCUGAUUGUUCUGGUAGCUUAUACUGCUUGGGUGUCUCCAUUUGAGUUUGGGUUUUUGGAGAAACCAGAGGGACCACUGCCUAUUUUGGAUAAUGUCGUCAAUGGUUUCUUUGCCAUUGAUAUCAUUCUCACUUUCUUUGUUGCAUACCUCGAUAGGACUACGUAUCUUCUCAUUGAUGAUCGCGGGCUGAUUGCUUGGAAAUACGCCAGCAGUUGGUUGGCCUUCGAUGUUGUCUCCACUAUUCCUUCUGAACUUGCUCGCAGAAUUUCUCCUCAAGAUUUGCGGACAUAUGGCUUAUUCAAUAUGCUUCGUCUCUGGCGUCUUCGUAGAGUUAGUGCCUUAUUUGCCCGGUUGGAGAAAGACAGAAACUUCAACUACUUUUGGGUUCGAUGCGCUAAGCUUAUUUGUGUGACUCUUUUUGCUGUUCAUUGUGCGGGGUGCUUCUACUAUCUGCUUGCUGCUCGUUAUCACAAUCACAAGAAGACAUGGAUUGGGGCUUCUAUGGGGGACUUCCUUCGGGAAAGUCUGUGGAUCCGUUAUGUAACCUCAAUGUACUGGUCCAUCACUACUCUAACUACAGUUGGUUAUGGUGACCUACAUGCCGAGAAUACGAGAGAGAUGAUCUUUGACAUCGUUUACAUGCUCUUUAACCUGGGGCUGACAGCAUAUUUGAUAGGAAAUAUGACCAAUUUGGUUGUUCAUGGAACCAGUAGGACCAGAAAAUUUAGAGAUACCAUUCAAGCUGCAUCAAGUUUCGCUCAGAGGAACCAGUUGCCUCUUCGCCUACAAGAUCAGAUGCUCUCUCACUUGUGCUUGAAGUUCAGAACUGACUCAGAGGGGCUGGAGCAGCAAGAGACUCUAGAUUCUCUUCCAAAAGCCAUCCGGUCAAGCAUUUCACAUUUUCUCUUUUACUCCCUAGUGGAUAAGGUGUACUUAUUUCGUGGCGUGUCCAACGACUUGCUCUUCCAACUGGUUUCAGAGAUGAAAGCUGAGUACUUUCCUCCCAAGGAGGAUGUAAUUCUGCAGAAUGAAGCUCCAACAGAUUUUUACAUUCUUGUGUCAGGAGCAGUGGAUUUACUGGUUUUCAAAAAUAUUGGCGAGCAGAUUGUUGGGGAGGCAAAAAAUGGUGAUCUCUGUGGUGAGAUUGGGGUUCUUUGCUAUAGGCCUCAGCUGUUCACUGUACGAACAAAAAGACUGAGCCAGCUAUUGCGACUGAAUCGAACCACAUUUAUGAAUAUCAUUCAGGCCAAUGUUGGAGACGGGACCAUUAUCAUGAAUAAUCUCCUUCAGCAUUUGAAGGAGCUAAAGGAUCCAAUCAUGGAGGGAGUGCUGAUAGAGACAGAGAACAUGCUAGCUCGUGGUAGAAUGGACUUACCUCUCAGCCUCUGCUUUGCAACACUGAGAGGAGACGACUUGCUGUUGCAUCACUUGUUGAAACGAGGUCUAGAUCCAAAUGAAUCCGACAACGAUGGGAGAACUGCCCUGCAUAUAGCUGCAUCAAAAGGAAACGAGAAUUGUGUGCUACUGCUUCUGGAUUUUGGAGCGGACCCCAACAGCAGAGACUCGGAGGGAAACGUACCAUUAUGGGAGGCCAUGUUGGGCAGGCAUGAAUUAGUCGUCAAGCUAUUGAGUGAUAAUGGUGCCAAAAUAACUUCUGGAGAUGUUGGCCAAUUUGCGUGCACUGCUGCUGAACAUAACAACUUAAAAUUGCUACAGGAGAUUGUUCGUCUCGGCGGGAAUGUUAAACGUCCCAGGAGCAAUGGAUCAACAGCUCUUCAUGUUGCUGUUUGUGAAGGUAACAAUGACAUUGUGAAAUUCCUCUUGCAACAAGGCGCUGAUAUUGAUAAAACAGACGAACAUGGCUGGACCCCGAGAGAUCUAGCUGAACAGCAGGGUCAUGAAGACAUAACAGCUCUCUUUGAAUCCAUAAAAGCUCUCUUUGAGUCCAUAAAAGAAACUAAAACUCAACCUGUUGCUCCAAUCUUGGAAGAAAAGCAUGGAGUUCGGUUCCUUGGAAGAUUUAAAAGUGAGCCUACGAUCUUCCCUGUGCCGCAGGAAGGCUCAUUUCCAGCUGUUGGAGGAUCGUGGGGACGAUCAAGUAGAAGACGUAGGGCUGAUAAAUUUCACAAUUCACUAGUCGGGAUCAUGUCAGCUGCCCGGAAUGGGGAGAACAGCUUGCUUUUAUCCGUGAAUCAGGCUAAACUUGCCACGGGUACCAGAAUCUACGUUGCUAGAGUGACCAUAAGUUGCCCUGAGAAAGAAGAUGUUGCUGGAAGGCUUGUUUGCCUUCCACCUAGCUUCCAAGAGUUACGUGAGAUUGGAUUCAAAAAAUAUGGGUUUUGGCCAGCCAGAAUAUUGAACAAGGAUGGAGCUGAAAUUGACGAAAUUGAGUUGGUAAGGGACGGUGACCAUUUGGUAUUCGUAAGCGAUGGUGGCGUGCGCGGGCCUAAUCAGCAAAGAGCUGAAGGUGCUGAUGGUGUAUUGAGAUAAACCAGAAAACCGCGUUUUCCAUUUUUCUUCCUAAAUCUUUGUAGGUUCCUCAAGGCCAUCAAUUUCCGGAGCCAACGUCUUUGAUUGUGUAGUCAUAUCAUUCACCAAUUGUUUUUGCUCAGUGAAUGCACGCACCCAUUUGGAUUUGGGGGCUACACCCAAUCAUUCUCUUC